AUGUAUGGGGUGUUGGUUUCUCUUCUCUCUCUCCCCCAAUAUCAAACCAUCGCAGGUGGACUAAACAGAUCGGACCAAUGCUUUACCACUUUACAUGCUUCCUCCUCUGGACCUAGUGGAACUCGUAAUCAUCAUAUCCGUUCAUCGACGAGUGACAAGACCAACAACCCAUCAAUGAUUCAUGUAGCGGCCUUUAACCCAGCUCUAGACGAUGACUGGGACAAGAUUCGUGACAUUAUGUUGAAGUACAGGCCCAAGGCCAUACCAGAGCCUCUGUGGAAGGAAAACUCUCGUCUUAUGAUUGAUGAUUUGAAAAAUAUUAAAAGCUGA